AUGCCUGAGACACAUCCCACUAGUAUUUGCCUUCAGCUACUCGAACGAGCCGUUUUCCUUCUUUGCAAGCUCCAGGAGUCCGUUGGUAUUGAGUCGAGCAGCCUUCGUAAAUUCACUGCUGGGACUAUCAAUGGCGACGAGAAAAGCAUGGAGGAGACGAUUGAUAUAUGCUUCGCUACCAAGAUCGUAUUCAGCGGCGAGCUGUCCGUCGAGAGGAUUGGCAAGCAGUUCGGUGAUGAUAAAGCUCUCUUUAUGCGCAACAUGAUAUUUGGGGACGCUUCAUUGUUGAAGACAGUGGUGGAGAUGCGGAAGCAUUGCUAUGACUCGAAGCCCGUGCCGCUACUGCCGAUAGAACUUCGGUAUGCUACUGCUACCGUUUAUUUGGACUUUCUCGAAUGUUACGUCAAGAUGUUUGUCCAGAGAUACCUUUGA